AUGGCACUGGGACAGUGCGAAACAGAUGAGAUUUUGAGAGCUACUGCUGAGCAAAAAAAUGUCCUCAGUGGUGAUGGCGUAUCAGGAUCCAGGAUGAUGGAGCAAAGCUUGCCGACUCUACUCCCAGAUUAUGAUAAACACGUGGAAGAAAUGAGAGAACAGCUGCAGCUUUAUGAGGCACAAAUGUGUGAGAUGAGAUUGAAAUUUGAACAAAUCGCUGAGGAAAACAAAAGGCUGCACACAGAGUUGAAAGAGGCUCUUGAGAAGCAACUGGAGAAGCUUCCUUUCAUGCUUUCAGGAACAGAUAUUCCUGCAGAUGAAGACAUAGUGAGAAACCUUCAAGAACAACUACAAAUGAUGAACCAAGAAAGAGAAAAAGCAAUAGAGCUCUGGCAGACUGCAUUACAGGAGCAUGAUCGACUCCAGCAGCAGUACCAGGAACGCCUGACUGAAACACAGAUACACGUGGCUGAAAGGCAAAGGCAGAAAGAUCAGCUGAGCAUCUUUCAACAAUUGACUCGGCAACAACAUGUAGCCAAUCAACAGCUUCUGAAAACUGUCACAGAACAGAAUGUGGAAAUAGAGCAGCUACAAAAACAACUAAGGCAAGCCAAAAUGGACAGGCAGAGAGCAAAUGCUCAAGUUGAGGAAAUGACCAGAUUUACAGAGAAGCUUCAAAGCCAAUUGAAGAGAAAGAUAAUGUCUGGAUAAUAACUUGAAGAAGACGUGAUCUCUGCACAGCAAAGAGAAGCAGCAUCUGACAAACGCUUGCAGCAAAUGCAAUCUAGUAUCAAACAAUUAGAAACAAGAUUACGUUUUACUUUAGAAGACGCUGAACAGCUGAGAACAGAAAGAACAGCCCUGGAGAAACAAAUCGGAGAGCUCCAGACAAAGUGUGCUAAUCUAGAAAGGGAGACGUACGAUGCAGUUACAAAAGUCCAAGACUGCAUACAGCUUUUAGAAGAAGCUAACCUACAAAAAAGUCAAGCACUCUUUGCGGAAAAACAGAAGGAAGAGGAAAUCAAAAAAAUGAAAGAGGAAAUGUCUCAACUUGUAGAAGAUACUGCUGCAACAGUUAGAAAGGCAGUAGACUCUGCAAAGAAGCAAUAUAAUGUGCAGAUUUCUCGACUAGCAGAAGAACUUGCAGCUCUUCAAAUGGAAUGUGGAGAAAAACAGGGUCAAAUUGAACGAGCCAUUAGAGAAAAGAGAGCAGUGGAAGAAGAACUUGAUAAGAUUUGCAGAGAACAAAGAGACCACGAAUAUGACAAUAGGAAACUAGAGCAACUGCAUCAGAAAUAUUUACUAGCAGAAGCUGUAAAAGGUGACCUUCAGCUAAGUCUACAGACAACACAAAAUAAACUGAAACAACUGGAAAUGAACUCUGAGGAAGAGAAAUCUCGUGGCCAGGAAGCGAUCUGCAAAUUGCAGAGCAUUCUGGAUUCAGAAAGAGAAAAGACUGCCUCUGUCAGUGAACAAAGACUAAAACUUCAGCAAGAGAAUGAAAAGUUGCAAAAAGAAGUGGAGGCCUUGAGAAAACUGGCCAUAAAGGCUCAACAAAAAGCUAAAAUAAAGAUAAGCACAAUGGAGCACGAACAUGCAGUGAAAGAACACGGAUACAAAGCUCAACUGAAGGAAAUGGAAGACAGCCGUCAAAAGUCUACUUCUGAACUUAGACGUCUGUUAGUAGCUCAGCAAAAAGUAACAAAUCGGUGGAAAGAAGAAACAAAAAAUCUUACUGAAACUACAGAAGCCAGGAUCAGUAAGCUAAAAACCGAGGCGAGUCAACAAAAACUUCGUAUUCAGGAGCUCCUUUCUCAGCUGGAAGUGGCAAAUGAAAAGGUAACGGAGAAUGAAAAGUUAGUGAUGGAGUAUCAAGAAUACAUCAAUAGGCUUCAAAGGCGACUGAGCCAGGCAGAACAGAGGGCAGCUACAGCGUCUCAAAAGCUCAGCCUGAUAACUACGCAGAAGAAAAAAGCUGCUUCUCAGAAGGAUCUGGAAAAUAUUUAA